AUGGCUUCCGCAACCCAUUUAUCCUUCUCUCCACUUCUUUCUCUAUCUAAAAACCCAAUUCAAAAAUCCAAAACCACCAGACCUCGAGUUUCAGUGAAAACUCGCUCAGCGGGCAAGGAUUUGGUCGAUGAUUUUGGAGCCAGGGACCCAUUUCCAGCAGAGAUAGAGAGCAAUUUUGGUGAGAAAGUGCUCGGAAAUGUAGACACCGAGCAUAAGAUUUUGAUUCCUACUGCUGCAGCUCUUUCUCUUUCGCAACAGCAGUGUACUCCCAUCUCUCAUCUUCAGCAACCUAUGCCUGAGAAUGAAGCCAAAAAGAUGAUGUUCAAGGUUGUUGCCUGGAGACUUGUACAUGAAGAAGAGGGUAUAAAGUUUCAGGGUCUGUGGAAAUUGAGGGAUUUCAAGUGUGCCGCUGAACUCAUUAACAGGAUAUGCAGGACUGCUUCAAUUGGAGGUCUGAGCAUGAAUGAUUUCAUCGUUGCUGCUAAAAUAGACGAGAUAAAAACUUCAGAUCUUGUCCCCAGAAAGAGAGUUUGGGCAUAA